CACCCGACACUUCCAAAGAGAGCAGAGCGAAAAUGCCUUCCGCGCCGCAAUCUCUCACUCUAUUCUCCAAAACCGUCAUCGUCCCCGAUAAGAAAUCAACCAUGGGAGACCUUAAGCUCUCCGUUUCCGACCUCCCCAUGCUAUCCGUCCACUACAUCCAAAAGGGAUGUCUCUUCACUCGCCCUUCUCUCCCAAUGGACUCCUUGAUUCCUCAGCUCAAACAGGGCCUUUCCAGAACUCUAACUUUCUUCCCUCCUCUCGCUGGUCGUCUCCGCACCGAUCCCGAUGGAUAUGUUUACAUAACCUGUAAUGACGCAGGGGCGGAAUUCUACCAUGCUAAGUACAACAAAUUGUUUAUCCGCGACGUAAUUAGCCCAAUUCAUGUGCCGGAGUUUGUCAGGGAAUUUUUUCCCUUCAAAAGUACAGUCAGUUAUCAGGGCCAUUUCAAGCCCAUUAUGGCGGUUCAGGUCACAGAGCUUGCCAACGGCGUGUUCAUUGGGUGCGCCAUGAACCACGCCGUCACCGAUGGGACAUCCCUCUGGAAUUUCUUCAACACUUUUGCUGAAGUUUGUAGAAAAAUGGGUAGCGGCAUUGACAUCGAGAAAAUCGCCAGGCAGCCGGAUUUUACGAGGGAUUCCGUUUUGGUAUCCCCGGCGGUUCUCCGGCUGCCAGAAGGCGGUCCCAAGGUAACAUUCAACGAAAACGAACCAUUGAGUGAGAGAAUCUUCAGUUUCAGUAGAGAAGCAAUUCAGGAGCUCAAAGCGACAGUUAACGGCAAGAAAUGGCCAGAAAAUGGUGGUCUUGUCGCCGUUGAAAUAAUGGGGAAGCAGAGUAACGACAAGUACCGCCAGAGUAACGGCAAGAACAUGACCGGCAUUCUGGAGAACUGGUUGUUUAACACCACCGCCGUUCCGAAGACAGAAACGGAGUCGAAGACGGUGGAGAUUUCGUCGUUCCAGUCGCUUUGCGCCCUCCUGUGGCGGACGGUGACACGUGCCAGGAAGCUUCCAGCCUCGAAAACGACAACGUUUAGGAUGGCAGUCAAUGUCCGCCCCAGAUUGAACCCGAAGCUAGAUCCGUUGUACUUCGGGAACGCGAUUCAAAGCAUACCUGUUUACGCGUCAGCAGCUGACGUCACCUCACGUGAUCUGCGCUGGUGCGCGGGGCAGCUGAGCGAGGCCGUGAAGGCGUACGACGACGGUGCAGUCCGUCGCGUCAUCAGCGAUUGGGAAAAGAAUCCACGGUGCUUCCCGCUGGGAAACUUCGACGGCGCGACUCUCACGAUGGGAAGCUCGCCGAGAUUCCCGAUGUACGACAACGACUUCGGAUGGGGGAGGCCCCUGGCGGUCAGGAGCGGCAAGGCAAAUAAAUUUGACGGCAAGAUCUCGGCGUUUCCUGGACGGGAAGGGAACGGGAGCGUUGAUCUGGAGGUCCUAUUGACGCCGGAAACGAUGGCUGGAAUCGAAUCGGAUUCCGAGUUCAUGCGGUACGUGACAAGUUAAAUCCGAGUUGCCGCGAGUUGUAUUGGACUGUGAGUGACAUCAUGACGGUUAUGAGUAAUGGUUUUUCUUGGCUGUUGGAUGACUGUCGGGAUGGUGGGGUCGGGCGGUCAACGGUGGUGAUGUCACUAAAGGGGUAAUAGACUCGGGGGGAAGGAUCUCGGCGUCCUAGUGUUAGUGUAUUUUCUAAUUUAUUUAAGUACCGUUAUUUUAAUGUUGAAAUCAGUUCUAUAAAAAAUAUAUAUAUAUAUUGAAAUUAAUAACUUUUAAAGAGGCAC